AUGGCCCGGCGGCGGCGCCGCGCCUGCAUCGCGCUGUUCCUGGUGCUGCUCUUCGCCUUCGGCACCCUAAUGGGCCUGCGCACGCUCAAGGCUCCGGACGGACUCCCGGCGCUGGGCCCGGGCCUGGAGCUGGCGCCCUUUGAGCGACGCCCGGAGGGAGCCCCCGCGCCCGCCGCCCGGGCCCCAGCCGCCCCCGCCGCGCCGCCCCCGCCGCCGCCCCCGCCCCGCACCGCUGGCCCGGGCAGUCCCCCGGGCCCGGCUCCCGCGGAGGCCGAGCCCGCCCCCGGGCAGAGUCUGCGCGUCUACUCGGACCUGCACGCCUUCUACUACUCCUGGUACGGGAGCCCGCAGCGCGAGGGCCACUACAUUCACUGGGACCACGUCAUGGUGCCGCACUGGGACCCCAAGAUCUCGGCCAGCUAUCCCCGCGGCCGCCAUAGUCCUCCCGACGACUUGGGCUCCAGCUUCUACCCGGAGCUGGGGCCCUACAGCUCCCGGGACCCCGAGGUGCUGCGGGAGCACAUGACCCAGCUCAAGGAAGCCGCCAUCGGCGUCCUGGUCCUGUCCUGGUACCCACCUGGCAUGGCUGAUGAUAACGGGGAACCCUCAGGCGACCUGGUACCCGCCAUUCUUGACACCGCCCAUCAGUACAACAUCCAGGUGGCCUUCCAUAUCCAACCCUACAAGGGCCGGGAUGACAUCACUCUGCAUGACAACAUCAAGUACAUCAUUGACACGUAUGGCUCCCAUGGGGCAUUUUACCGCUAUAAGAACAGCAUGGGUAAGAGCCUCCCACUCUUUUAUAUCUACGACUCAUACCUGACAUCCCCUGAGGCCUGGGCCCACCUCUUGACACCCAACGGGCCCCACUCGAUCCGCAACACCCCCUACGAUGGGGUCUUCAUCGCGCUGCUGGUGGAGGAGGGCCACACCCACGACAUCCUGGCUGCUGGGUUUGAUGGCAUGUAUACCUACUUCGCCUCCAACGGUUUCUCCUUCGGCUCCUCCCAUCAGAACUGGAAGGCUGUGAAGAGCUUUUGUGAUGCCCACAACCUCAUGUUCAUCCCCAGCGUGGGGCCUGGCUACAUUGACACCAGCAUCCGGCCCUGGAACAACCACAAUACUCGGAACAGGGUCAAUGGCAAGUACUAUGAGACAGCCUUGCAGGCAGCCCUGACCGUGAGGCCCGAGAUUGUCUCCAUCACAUCUUUCAAUGAGUGGCACGAGGGCACCCAGAUCGAGAAGGCCAUCCCCAAGAAGACCCCAACGCGGCUGUAUCUGGACUACCUGCCUCACCAGCCCAGCCUGUACCUGGAGCUGACUCGCCGCUGGGCGGAGCACUUCAUCAAAGAGAAGGAGCAGUGGCUGAUGUGAGAAGCCUGGGGCCACGAGGUGCCAAUGUCCUGGCCUCCCCGGAAGGUGUCACUGUAGGGGGCUCAGCUGAGGUUGGAGGCACUCGCUGGUUCCCCAGUCAGCAGCGGGGCGCCUCUGGGUGGGCCAUCAAGCCUGGGCCCAUGUGGAACAGAGCUUGUUCCUCAGGCAUGUGGGGCUGGGGGGCUCUGCACGGACAGGAAGUGAGGCAGGGUUCCAGAGAGGGCCCCAGAGAGGCUGGCGGGUGACUGGACUCAGCCGAGGGCCGCUCCACAUCCUGUCGUAACACUUUAAAAUGAUCCCUUCGAGCUUGGAACUCAGUAGGUUGGUGUUGCAUAGCAGUCCCGAAGUCACUGCUGUUAGGAGGGGUCAGGGCUCUGGGCGAGCACGUGCCCUGCUGCCUCUUCAGUCUUCUUCUGUCUUCUCCAAGUGAGGGAACCACAUUUGCAACUUCCCAAGAGGGAAAUUCUAGGUUUAAGCCCUUCCCAAUAGACUCCUGAACACAACAAUCAGGAAAUAAUCCUGAGCCUUUGUACACUCAUUCAACACAUACUGACAGAGUACCUACUAUGUGCUAGAGACUUCACAUGGAAAGGUUUCUUUCUCCCAGAAGCUUACAGGAUCCAGCUUUCCUUAUUUGGCGUGGCCUUGUAGCUAGUGCCUGAGCACAGUUUUUCCCUUUUUUGCAGUUUUCUCCAAUGCUGAGUUUUUUUUUCUUCUUCUUCUUCCUCAAGAAAAUACCUCUGUGCUCCAGAGCCCACAUUUCCCCAGAUGACCAUCUAGCUCCAGGGAGAGGACCAGGACAUCCUCCCUCCCUUUAGCUGCCUAAACUGAAUGAGGCCCACUCACUAGAGCCAUUUUCAGAGCUACUGUGAUUUCUAUCAAUUAAAUAUGACAUGGUCUUCUCAAGUAA